AUGUCGCUUAUUGGUCUUCCAAACGAUGUAACAGGUGAUGAAAAGAUACCAUUGGAGGAAAUGGAGGAGGACUACAAGUUCUCAGAGGAUGACAUGGAUGAAAAGAUACAAGCGCCCAAAGAAGGCAUUUUUUCGAAGGAGGAAGUGGAUGAUGAUCUCCCCAAUGUUUACAAGUUUUGA